AUGUCGCCGGAACAAGCGACUAGCAGCAAUGCAACACCGCCUACAGCACGUCUGAGUCCGCGUGGCCCUCCUACCAUCGGUCCCCUCGUCUCCAAGCGGUCGCAUCGGCGAGGACCAUAUGCUUGCGAUGAGUGCCGGCUGCGCAAGCGAGCCUGUGACGCGGCGCAGCCCUGCAAGCCGUGCCGGCGAUCAGGCACAGAUUGCACAUAUGCGUUCCGCAGACCAGCACCGCGGCCCACGUCGAGGAUACGCACCUUGCAAAAUCACCUCCAACAGGCCCGGGGUUGGCUGCAGCACAUCAAGGACAAGACGCCCGGCGGGAUCCCAGAGCUGGACCUGGACGCGUGCUUGCGCUCCCUUGACUUUUCGUCUGCCAAUGAUGACCCGCCUCAACCUCGUCCCAAGGGCGACGACCAGGCGGCACCUCCUCAGCCUCCCAAGGAGGAACAGCAUAGACCUCUCAUAGGAUCUGACCGCUUCGCGGGCCUCGAAGCGCGGCGACCUGCCUUUCACGGCGCAUACUCGGACGUGUCCUUCAUUGCGGGAUCGAUCGAGCUGCUGGAAACGCAGCCCUCUGAUGCCCAUGGCUCCAAGUCUAGGCUUGAUUUCAUAUCGAGUCUUCUGAGUCGCCCACUCCAGAGCCACUUAGUCGACAGGACCUAUGAACAGCAGGAUCAAAGCUUGGUUGAUGCUCUGCUAGAUGGAGGCGAUUUGAUGAUCUGUUUCCUCCAGGAAGAAUGUUUGCGAGACAUUGCUCAACACACACACGUACCGAAUACGCCUCGAUCCGAGGCCGAGCGCAGCACGCUGUGUCUGAUUCAUUUCGUCCUCGCGCUCGGGUACCAGAACGACGCUCGACAACAUCGCGCACAGGGUUGCGAUGACUCUGUCCAAAAGGCGACACAACACUUCUCGGUCGGCAUAGCACUUGCUGAACCCGGUCUCUUUGCGCAGGACUUAACGUCCUUGUCGGCUCUGCUCGGCGCCAUUGUCUUUCUCCUCUCAUCCUACAGGACUUCAAUGGCUCACUCUCUCAUUGGCGCAGCGUGCUCUGCUGCCCUUCGCCUCGGCCUCCUGUCCACAUCCUGCUCACCACCCGAUGGGACCGUGCUUGGCGACAGCAGAGUGAGGACCCGUCUGCUGGCGGGUGUGCUCGUCGUCGACAUGCUUGCCUCCCUUGUCCUCGAUCUACCUACAUUUAUCCACCCCAACCAGCUGCCGCGCGCGAGGCUUGAGGAGCUAGCCACCGAGGCCGAGAACAGCGAGGACGUCCACACGGCAGCGUUGCUAAAGUCAGCGACGCUCCUCUCCAUACCGCUUUCGCUUCGUGGGCAAGCGAGUUCCAAAGACGAUGGGGCAGUCGGCGGCCGCUUCCUAGCGCUACAGAAGGCGCAAGAGGCCUGUCAUGGCUGGAAACGGGAUGUCGCCUCGCUCAUGUCGAAAAUGUGGCAAACUCCAAAGCAUCGUGGCGCAAAGACCGAUCUUGACAACAUGUUUAGACUAUGCCAGAUCUUCAUGUUCCGGCCGCAUCUGCACUAUUUCCGUGACAUGUACCUAGGAGAGACGGUGUCUGUGGCCGAGUCUUACUACGCGCUGGCAUGUAUCAAGGUGGCGUCGUCGACCAUCCUGGCAGCGGAGAACCUUGCGAAGCAGCAGCCAGCUCCCUCCCCGUUUGGUGGUUCCUGGCUCACAACGCACGUUGUGUUCUCGUCGGUCAUGUGCCUUGUGUUCUUGGUGGCGGCGCAUCCGGCCACCACCUUGCCUAGUGUCGCGUGGCAGAGAGCCUGCAGGGGGAUCAGGAUCAUCGCAGCCAAUAGAUGUACUGAUAAUAUGUCUUCUGUGUGCUUGGAACUAUUAAAGUUGAUGACGCAUUCUCUGAGGCAGACGAUCUACAUCGACUUUGAUCAGAUCGAGGCUACGACACUGAAUCACUGCAGUGACAUGGUUGCGCCUGUAAAAUACGGGAGCAACCAGCAGAGCAGGGAGAACACGCCUGCCCUCGCCGAUAUUCCCAUGGCCCAGCGGCCGGUCAUGGCUACGGUUGUGGACCAGAUCACGGCGCAUGAAGACUAUUUCCACGACAAUCCAUUGGAGGUGGAGAAUGAGGCCGACAAGAUGCUGGAGCAAGCCGAAGCCCUGUCGGUCGAGUUUCACCCCUACGAUCUGUUGAAUCUAGGUGGCAACGACGGAGACUGGGGGACGAUGAGUCACUAG